AUGGAAUUAUUUAGAGAAAAGGGAGUUUUAAACAAGCGUAUGGUUAAACAUGCAGAAGAGAAACCACAUCUGUGUGAAUUAUAUGAUACGCCAUUUACUCAAAAGGGUAGUUUAAACUACCAUGUGAUUGUUCAUACAGCAGAGAAAUCUCAUACGUGCGAAGUAUGUAAGAAGUCAUUUUAUUCGAAGAGUAAAUUAAACCAGCAUAUGCUUAUUCACACAGGAGAGAAACCUUAUGUUUGUGAGAUAUGUACUAAGUCAUUUAGACAAAAGAAUUCUUUAAUGAGACAUAUGAUUGUUCAUACAAGACAGAAACUUAUAUGUAAUAGUGAACAUAUAUGCGAAGUGUGUAAGAAGUUAUUUACAAGUAAGAGUACUUUAAACCAGCAUAUGCUUAUUCACACUGGAGAGAGACCUCAUAUGUGCAAAUUAUGUAAAACGCCAUUUAUUUCUAAGUCAAGUUUGAAUAAGCAUAUGUUUGUUCACACAGGAGAGAGACCUCAUGUGUGUAAAAUAUGCAAGAAGUCAUUUAGUCAAACAAGUAGUUUAAAGCUACAUAUGCUUAUUCACACAGGAGAGAAACCUCAUAUGUGUGAAGUGUGUGGAAAGUCAUUCAGACAAAAGGUAUUUUUAAACAGACAUACGCUUAUUCACACAGGAGAGAAACCUUAUACAUGUGAAGUAUGUAAGGUGUCGUAUAACCAAAAGAGUACUUUAAAUGAGCAUAUGCUUAUUCAUACAGGAGAGAGACCUUAUGUGUGUGAAGUAUGCCAGAAAUCCUACCGUCAUAAGCAUAGUUUAAAUGUGCAUAUGGUCAUUCACACAGGAGAGAAACUUCAUAUGUGUACAAUAUGUAAAAAGUCAUUUAGUCAAAAGGUUAAUUUAAAAACACAUAUACGUAUUCACACAGGAGAGAAACCUCAUGUGUGUAAAGUAUGUAAAAAGUCAUUUAGUCGAAAGGUUAAUUUAGAAAGGCAUAUGUUUAUUCACACAGGAGAGAAACCUCAUGUGUGUAAAGUAUGUAAGAAGUCAUUUAGUCGAAAGGUUAAUUUAAAAACGCAUAUGUGCUUUCACAUCACAGAGAAAGUGUAAGAUAUGUAAAAAGUCAUUUAUACCAAUCGCUGAUUUAAAUAUGUAUAUCACGUCUUUCGACCAAUAGCUGAUGAUCUACACUUCAGUGAUUGACAAAGAGCUUUAUGUUAACAUCUUGUACUCGACUUGUUUAUGGAGUUUUACAUCUAUCAUCUCUCCUGUGCUGUUAUUAAUGCUAUGUUUUUAUUUAUUUUCAUAUUGCUUGUAAUAAAUUGUUUAAUUGCUUUCAUAUUGCUUGAAGUGCUGUAUUUAUUUUCAUAUUGCUAUUAUAAAUGCUAUGUUUCUAUUUUUUUCACGGG